AUGGCGCCGUUUCCUGGGUCUGAUGCGGACUAUUUUAAGGACAAGGCGCGUAGGGACCUGCUGAAUCUACUUGAAGGCGUCCGAGGAAAGAAGAACUUGGUAAUUAGCCAGGGUCUCGCUGGGCCCGUUGGCCUCUUCGUCAAGUUCUCUCAACUUCAAGAAUAUGGUGUAGAUCGCGUGUUCCUGCUGGAGAACGGCAAUGUCGACUCUUCCCAGCGCAAUGUUGUAUUCCUAGCGUAUGCCGAAAAGAUCCGCCAGGUGCGGGCAGUGGCAGAGCAGAUUCAGCGACUGCAACGGAACAGCAGUACAGACCAUGAAUUCUCAAUCUUCUGGGUUCCAAGACGAACCCUCGUCAGCAACAACAUCCUGGAAAGCGCAGGCAUCAUCGGCGAUGUAAAUAUUGCUGAGCUGCCGCUCUACUUCUUCCCUCUGGAACAAGAUGUCCUUUCAUUGGAACUGGAGGACUCUUUCUCAGACCUAUACCUGCACAAAGACCCUGGAUGUGUUUUCCAUGCAGCAAAAGCUCUUAUGGAUAUCCAGCAAAGACAUGGCUACUUCCCCCGAAUCGUCGGCAAGGGGGAUCAUGCAAGACGGCUCGCUGAUCUGUUAUUACGGAUGAGGAAAGAGCUUGAUGCAGAAGAGAGCUCUGGCUUGGUCGGGCUGUCUUCUCGAGGGCUCCUACCUAGUGCGAGCAUUGAGAGCCUGAUCGUUAUAGAUCGAGAGGUCGAUUUUGGCACCCCUUUACUUACACAGCUCACAUAUGAGGGAUUGAUUGAUGAGCUGGUAGGGAUAAAGCACAACCAAGCAGACGUCGACACAUCCAUUGUCGGCGCAGCCUCGACUCCCCAGGCUCAGGAAUCAUCCAAAGCCUCACAACAGUCCAAACAGGGCCAGAAACGAAAGAUCCAGCUGGAUGCAUCCGAUCAGCUAUUCAAUCAACUCCGCGAUGCCAAUUUUGCGAUUGUUGGCGACAUCCUGAAUAAGGUUGCGCGCCGCCUAGAAACAGACUAUGAGAGUCGUCACACGGCGAAAACGACCACAGAGAUUCGCGAAUUUGUGAACAAAUUACCUUCCUAUCAAAUGGAACAUCAAAGCCUCAGAGUCCACACCAACCUUGCUGAGGAGAUCAUGAGAAAUACCCGCUCAGACAUCUUCCGCAAGAUACUGGAAGUUCAGCAGAACGACGCUGCAGGCGCCGAUCCUACCUACCAGCAUCCUUUAAUUGAAGAGCUCAUCGCACGAGAUGUCCCACUAAAAUCAAUCCUCCGCCUCCUAUGCCUCGAAUCCUGCAUGUCAGGCGGCCUCCGCCCCAAAGAUCUCGAAAACUUCAAACGACAAAUCGCCCAAGCCUACGGCCACCAACACCUCCUAACCUUCAGCGCUCUCGAGAAAAUGGACCUCCUGCAACCGCGCUCCGCCGCCGCCGCAAUGCUAAUACCGGGGACCGGCUCGCAAACCGGUUCAAAGACAAACUACAGCUACCUCCGAAAACACCUCCACCUCGUCAUCGAAGACGUCAGCGAAAAGGAACCCGACGACAUCGCCUACGUCUACAGCGGCUUCGCGCCCCUGAGCAUCCGCCUCGUGCAGUGCGUCUUGCAAAAAUCAUAUAUCCUCUCUCUCCAACGAGGCGGGCCCGCGUCACAAGCGAAUACUGCGUCCCCUGGCUGGCUUGGAUUCGAAGACGUAGUCAAGAGCGCGCGAGGAUCGACGUUUAGCAUCGUUCAGAAGGGCGAUGAUAAGGCUGUUCGCGUGCGGCAGACGAUCAGCGGGAAUAGUGCGCCGAAGACGGUGAUUGUGUUCUUCCUGGGUGGGAUCACGUUCGCGGAGAUUGCGGCGCUGCGCUUUAUUGCGGCGCAGGAGGCCCCACGGAGGAAGAUAGUCAUUUGUACUACCGGGUUAAUCAACGGGGAUAGGAUGAUGGAUGCUGCGAUUGAGAAAGGGAGUUUUGCUUUGACUGAGUCUUGA